GCCCUCUUUGGUUUGACACCUCUAGACCAAAUGUAUUAAAACUGUGGAUUUAAUAACAAAAAGAAAAUUAAUUCCCAUUUGGAAAAGAACGGAGAAUGGGAAAUCAAGUGGGUCUUUUAAGUGACGACGAUGAUUCUUCAGGCAACAGUGACAUUAACAAUUAUAUCAACUUUACUGUAAAUGCGAUGGAGCUGGAAAUGCGUAAUACUUGCUUUCACACAAACCAAAUGCCCAAAAUUCGCGGAGAGCCAAACCUGCACAAAUUUCAAGGCUCCGACAUGUACAAAGAGAUAAGGGCCUUGAGUGGUUUCGCCAGCAAGCCAUUGAACGAACGCUGGAAUCUCCUGCACGCUCUGCAGCAGCGAGAAAAUGGCCUGGCCGCGCCUGGCACUGCCUCGUUCUCGCAGAACCAACAGCGCUAUAUAUCCAAUCUGUAUAUACCAAAUAAAAAGUCCUCGCGUCUGAUGUCGCUGGACUCGAAAGUAUUUGUGACCAAGUUUGAUAAGCGGGGCGACAAGCUCUUGAUUGCCUGUCAAGAUGGCUUUGUGCGCAUCUAUGACGGAGCGAAGGGCACCUAUCAUCUACUGAAUCGCAUCAGAGCCCGCGACGUCGAGUGGAGCAUUAUUGAUGCUGACUUCAGUCCAAAUGGCCAGCACUUUGCCUACAGCACCUGGUCCCGCUCGUUUUUCAUUAUGCCUGUGAGCGGCACUGAGGACGACUGCCAAUGGAUCGAUGUCCAUGGAUUGCCCAAUCUGCGACUUGCGAUAUUCUCGCUUCGGUACUCACCCACGGGCGACACCAUUAUUGGUGGCAGCAACAAUUCCAUGGUCAUCGUAACAGACAUUCAAACGCGGGCCACCCAAAUCUUUCGCACUCAUAGGAUGCCUGGCACGGACGUGAACACCGUCAGUUACCUUCAUGAUAAGGAUCCAAAUGUGAUAAUCGCUGGCUGCGAUGACGGUCUGAUCAAGGUCUUCGAUCUGCGCACCUCAUUCCGCUCUCGGGAACUGUCCAAGGCUGUGGUCUCCCUAGUCGGCCACUACGAUGGCGUCACGUACCUUGAUUCCCGCAACGACGGCUAUUAUGUGCUUUCCAAUUCCAAAGAUCAAAGCAUUAAGCUGUGGGACUUGAGGCAGCCCAGCAACACGCGAAAUCGCAGCAGGACCAGGCAUGAGCGACAGGAGCUAUCGAUGUGGGACUAUCGCUGGAACCGGGUGCCACAAUCAUUUUACGAUCCCCGCAAGGCCAUGGAGGGGGACUCCAGCAUAAUGACUUAUCGUGGCCAUAGAGUAACCAAAACACUGCUGCGCGCCAAGUUCUCGCCCUUGGAACAGACUGGGCAGCGUUUCAUCUACACAGGCUGUUCUACGGGGCGCAUUAUUAUUUACGAUGUACUGACUGGCAGAAUUAAAGAGGCUAUUGAGGGACACAGGAAUGUGGUAAGGGACUUGGACUGGCAUCCUGUGCGCUCGGAAAUCGUGUCCGGUUCGUGGGACACGCACGUUCAUCUGAACAACUUUAGUCGAAACAACGCCAAUCGGUCGGAGAAACGUCAACAGAGCUCCGAUCAGGACAAGAGACCACUGCGACGUUCACGUCGUCUAGCGAAUCGCAAUGGGACGCCGGACUAGUCUUAAGCAUGUUGACAUUUCAUUAUUAGCUUGUAAGGCGGCACCCCAUUGAUAUUACAAUACCACACAUGUACACCAGCGUGAGUAAUUAGCAUUGAAGCUCAGACUAAAGGGGGAUUAGAGUGGAGUGGAGUGCAUAUCCCACCAGAGUCACGCCGCAUCUUGGUUCUAUGGAUAAGACUGAAGAUAAUGGCACAGCUUUGCGGGGUAUAGUUCAGUUUAAUUAACGGCGUUACACAUUAAAAUGUAGACCAUGAAGCUUAAAAUUUACUUAAUUAAGUUCUUUCUGUACAAACAAAUCGUAUUAAGAAUCACGUUGAAUUACAUAUAUUUCGUUUUGCCUUAAUUAGAUGGCCUGAAA